CUGCACGUCCCAGCGCCUUUAUCGCCCUCCUUCCGGAGGCUAAGCGGAUCGCUCCCGGUUCUCCUGCCGCUGUGAAUCGGCUCGGACGAUGGCUGGCACCUUUGAUGGCAACAACACGGCGGAGCGCGUCGGAUACAUCACCCGCGUGCAGAGUUUCAGCGCCUGCCACCGACUCCACAGUUCACGCUUGAGUGCUGAGGACAAUAAAAGAAUCUUUGGAAAAUGUAACAAUCCCAACGGCCAUGGACACAACUACAAAGUGGAGGUGACAGUGAGAGGAAAAAUUGACCCUGUCACUGGCAUGGUGAUGAACCUGACCGACCUGAAGAGGUGCAUUGAAGAUGUCGUCAUGACUCCACUGGACCAUAAAAAUCUUGAUAUGGACGUCCCAUACUUUGCUGAUGUUGUCAGCACAACGGAGAACGUGGCUGUUUACAUAUGGGACAACAUGGCGAAGGUCCUUCCGCCCAAUCUGCUCUACGAGAUAAAGAUUUACGAGACGGACAAGAACGUUGUCAUUUACCGAGGAGAGUAAUGCUCUCCUCUCGAGGUCACUGAGCGCAGGAUGUUGAUGUACUGUGAUGUAUUAAUCGAUGUCCCUAUGCUUGUGCCAUUAAUUACUGCUGGGUCAAGUUCACUUUUUGCCUCCAUAGCUAUAGUCCAAGCUAAGACCGACAUAGAAUUUUGAAGGCACAUAGUAGAGUCUCUGGGCUGAUACUUGAAAACUUGAAACAGCAUACUACUACUACUACUACUACUGCUAAUAAUAAUAAUAACAUAAUCAUUCACAUUCAGGUAAUGAGCUUCCAAAAGGCAGUCAGUGUACUAUUGAUUAAUGCUACAAAGAAUAAGUAAUCAGCCAUGUUGGAUCAUAUCCACCGUAUUCGAGCUGGAUUACACUGGCAGGCCAGUAUUCAUUUUGUAAUGAAGAUCUGAUACAGCAUGUGUAUCAGCAAACCAAUUCACAGGAAAGCCAGUGAAUCCAGCUAGCACAUCUCCUGUACAAGGUGACACAACAUGUUGACCUCAAUUUGGGAUUUGGAGUAAAAACUGCCUAGUAGACUGUCCACGUCCAGCGUUCAUCUGAAAUCCUGCAUUCCUGUCGCAUCAUGGUGACUAGUCAACACGUGAACUGAGGCACCCAGUACAGCAACUCUAACUGUACAGCUUAUUUUCUACAUUAUACAUGCUUAUUAUUAUAAAUGAUUAUAGCUAAAUAUCACCCAUCCAAUCACCUCAACUCUGAUAAAUGAAGUGUAUCAGAUUUGUAGACAAAAUAAUGGAAAUGCAGCCAAUAAGGAGCAGGAUCACUCUGCCCUCAGAUCAGCCUCAGCUCUUUGAAUUGCUGUCAUCAAAUCCUGAUCUGCGCAGUUUUUAUUGACACUGAGUCACAGGGGUGUUGUGGUGUUUAGUAAGUAUUUUAUGUGUCUGUCUAUCCUCUUCCACUUGCCACUACUGCUCCUCUUUACUAAAGCAGGUCGAUACAUCCUGUUAUUUAACAUUCAGGUUAAUAUGAGUGGCCUACAUUACACUCAGACUACAUUUCAUAUUUGUAAUGUGCAAUACGAUCCACCUGUACCACUGAAAGCUGGCCAAAGGGUGACAUCUAGAGGCUGUACUCUCAUUUGUUAUCAACUUUUUGCACUACACAUGAUGAUGUUGGGUCGGUGCCAACAAUGCCGACUAAGCUCUUACUCUGGAAAGGACCAAAUAAUUUCCUGAAAUAAAAGCAAAAGAUGAUUUUGCAGUGUG